AUGGCUCUUGCUGCUAUGCAGUUUUUACUGAAAAUCCCAAGUGUCACGUCCCUGCGGGCUCCCCUGAGAAGAUCUCUCCAACUUUGCAGCCGGUGCUACCCAAUUCACGCCUCUUUGAGUUACGAAGUCAUGAAACAACAGUACAGACCAGAGGUGCCAGAGUACUUCAACUUUGCAAGAGACGUGCUGGACAGAUGGACUGAAGUGGAAAAGGAGGGAAAAAGGUGUAAAAACCCUGCAUUCUGGUGGGUAGACGGUGCUGGAGAAGAGGUGAGGUGGAGCUUUGAGGAGCUGGGAGUGCUGUCCAGGAAAGUGGCAAACAUACUCUCUGAUGCCUGCGGUCUGCAACGGGGAGACAGAGUUAUUCUGAUUCUGCCCCGGAUCCCGGAGUGGUGGCUGGUGAAUGUGGCUUGCAUAAGAACAGGAACUGUCUUGAUUCCUGGCACACAGCAGUUGACAGCAAAGGACAUUCUUCAUCGACUACAGAAAUCUAAGGCAAAGUGUAUCAUCACUGAUGAUCAUGUGGCACCAGCUGUAGACUCAGUUGGGGCUGAAUGCCAGUCUCUGAAAUUCAAGUUGCUUGUGUCAGAGGGCCACAGAGAAGGGUGGCUGAACUUUAAAGAUCUCAUGAAAAAUGCUGCUUCUGAUCACCACUGUGUGACCACAAAGUGUCAAGAUCCAAUGGCCAUCUAUUUUACCAGUGGAACUACAGGAUCUCCAAAAAUGACUGAACAUUCCCACAGCAGCUAUGGUAUUGGCCUCACAGUAAGUGGAAGGUACUGGCUGGACUUGACUUCCUCAGAUAUAUUUUGGAAUACAUCAGACACGGGCUGGGCAAAGUCAGCUUGGAGCAGCAUUUUUUCAGCGUGGAUUCAGGGGGCGUGUGUAUUUGUACAUAAGAUGCCACACUUCGACCCAAGCAUUGUCUUUGAGAGUCUGUCAAGAUUUCCCAUAACUGUCUUCUGUUCUCCUCCAACUGCCUAUCGAAUGUUUGUGCAACAUAAACUGUCUAGCUAUAGAUUCAAAAGCCUGCGGCACUGUGUGAGUGCUGGGGAGCCAAUCAACCCUGACGUGAUAGAAGAGUGGAAGGUGCUGACUGGGCUGGCUAUUCAUGAAGGCUACGGACAGACAGAAACAGUGCUGAUCUGUGGAAAUUUUAAGGGAAUGAAAAUCAAACCUGGCUCUAUGGGAAAGCCGUCUCCAGGCUAUGAUGUCAAGAUUAUAGAUGAAAACAGUAAUAUUCUGCCUCCCGGAAAAGAAGGAGACAUUGCCAUCAGAGUAAAACCUAUGAGAUCGCCUUUUCUUUUUACUUGCUAUGCUGAUGAUCCAGAGAAAACAGAAGCAACAAUACGUGGGGACUUUUAUGUCACUGGAGACAGGGGGAUUAUGGAUGAGGAUGGAUACUUCUGGUUUGUUGGAAGAGCUGAUGAUGUCAUUAAUUCUGCUGGAUACCGAAUUGGACCAUUUGAGGUAGAAAGUGCCCUAGUAGAGCAUCCUGCAGUGGUGGAAUCAGCAGUGGUCAGCAGUCCAGAUCCCAUCAGAGGAGAGGUAGUGAAAGCCUUUGUCGUUUUAACAUCUGACUAUGCUUCACGUGAUCCGGAAAAAAUGGUGAAAGAGCUACAAGACCAUGUUAAGAAAGUUACUGCUCCAUACAAGUAUCCUAGGAAGAUGGAGUUUGUUCAACAGUUGCCAAAAACUAUCAGUGGGAAGAUCAGAAGAAAUGAACUGCGCCAGAAGGAGUGGAGAAAAGAUUAG